AUGUCAGCAGUUGAGCAAAAGCCUACAGCAGAUGUCGAAAUGACCGAUAUAAAUGACCAAGAAAAUGAUGUUCAAGUUGACAAUAACAAGAUUAAGCUUCUACCGGGUGCAACAAGCGACGGGUUUGCAGCAUCUUUUCAGAUAAUCGACGAAGACCACACAUUGGGAAAUGCGUUGAGGUACAUGAUUAUGAAGAACCCAGACGUUGAAUUCUGUGGUUACUCUAUCCCCCAUCCAAGUGAGAACAAAUUGAACAUCAGAAUCCAGACGUACGGUGGAAUGACUGCAGUCCAGGCACUCCAUAAAGGUUUGGACGAUCUGGCCGACCUAUGCACAUUUAUCGAGGAAGAUUUCAGUACAAAAGUGGCAGCAAAGGACUACUCCACCGAAGAACCUUAA